UGAAAAACUACUCAGCACAGACCCUAUUCUCAAUGUUCAAUCAGUAGCAAGAAUAAUAAUCGCAAAGAGGUUCAAAAAAGUAACUGAGAUUUUACAAAAAUCGAAAACGAUAACAGCACAAAUCUAUGUGGGCAACUUGGGCAUGAUAAACUCGAUAAAGUCAGACCAAUCCUCUCACAGCUCAAUGAUUCCAUACCUAAAGUCUACGAACCUUCGUCAACAUUAUGAAUAGAUCAAUGUAUGAUAGCUUUCAAAGGGAGAACUUCAUUGAAGCAGUAUAUGCCAAUGAAGCCUAUAAAAAGAUGUUACAAGGUGUGGUGUUUAGCAGACUCUAAGACUGGAUAUAUUCAAAAAUUUGAAAUUUAUUGUGGAAAAGAAACUUCUGAUAGUAAGGGUAAAAUAUUGAGCUUAGGGGAAACAAACUAAACUAACGGAAGAUGUGAAACAGACAGGUCAUCUUAUAGCCUAUGAUAACUAUUUGACAUCUUUUAGGCUCGGAAAAAGUCUACUUAUAAUUGGUCUGUUUUCUGUGGGGACUGUGAGGCCGCAAAGGAAGGAUCUUCUACCAAUGCUGAAGGCUAAUAACAAACUGCAAAGAGGGGAAUCAGUGUUUCUAACUAAAGAAGGUGUUGCUGCAAUAAAAUGGAUGGACAAAAAGGCUGUUACAUUGUUGACUACUACACACAAUUCCGCGAUUAUUACAUCUAUAAAUCGUACACAGAAGUAUGGUACUAAAACAGAAGUACCUUGCCCUACAGCUGUUGCAGUAUAUAACGAUAUCAUGGGAGGGGUUGAUUGCUUCGAUCAAAGAAAAGAAAGAUACCAAAUAGGAAGAAGAUCUGUAGAAUGGUGGCAUCGUAUUUUUGAUUUUCUUAUUGAUCUUAUCAUCGCAAAUAGUUUUAUACUGUGGCAAGUAAACAAGAGAAACAGAAGUUUAGACCAGCCAACAUUCCGUAUAGCAUUAGCUAGUCAACUAAUAGACGGAUAUUCCUCGAAAAAGGAAAGGCCGUCCUGCUAGCUUCCAAGCAAAAAGGUGUGCAGUUCCGGAUGAUAUACGCUUAGUCAAUGUGGGAACUCAUAUGCCAAAGAUGGUUUCCAACUAUAGACGAUGUAAGAAAUGUAGCACAAAGGCCCAAGAAAAGAGGACCCGCUAUAUGUGUGCAGUAUGUGAUGCACCCUUGUGCAUUCAACAUGUUUCUCAUUUUUUUACGGCAAAUAAUCACCUUUAAAUUGAAUUUGUUCUAUGACCAUAAAAGGUCCCGUGGGAAGUAUACUUCCCACCCCUAGAAUUUAAAUGUAAACAAAAAAUUUGGCAAA